CCGCGGAAGUAGCCAGGCCGUCGUCGUCACUUUGCAGACGGCAAGAAAACGUCCGAGGAGCCGAGAGGUCUCGAUGCGCUGCGCUCCGGGCGCCGUGUAAAUUUGAUGCCCGAAAACUGGCGGCAUCGUAGUAGGGCGGCAGCAUGUCCGAGUCCUACGACUACCUGUUCAAGUUCCUGGUGAUCGGCAGCGCGGGAACAGGGAAGUCAUGCCUUCUCCACCAGUUCAUUGAAAACAAGUUCAAAGCAGAGUCCAACCACACCAUCGGGGUCGAGUUUGGCUCCAAGGUGGUGAAUGUUGGCGGCCGGUCCGUCAAGCUGCAGAUUUGGGACACUGCUGGCCAGGAACGAUUCAGGUCUGUGACCAGGAGCUACUACCGAGGAGCUGCGGGUGCCUUGCUGGUGUACGACAUCACGAGCCGGGAGACGUACAAUGCCCUGACGAACUGGCUCACGGAUGCGCGCACUCUGGCAAGCCCCAACAUUGUCAUUCUGCUUGUGGGAAACAAGAAGGACCUGGAGGACGACCGCGAGGUCACCUUCCUCGAGGCGAGCCGGUUCGCCCAAGAGAAUGAGCUUAUGUUCCUGGAGACCAGUGCCCUGACGGGCGAAAACGUGGAGGAGGCGUUUCUCAAGUGUGCAAAGACAAUACUGGCCAAGAUCGAGUCUGGUGAGCUGGACCCCGAGCGCAUCGGAUCGGGGAUCCAGUACGGCGAGGCAACAUUGCGCAAGCUGAACCGCUCGCAGCAGCAGAGGCGCCCAGGUGCCGAGUGCUCCUGCUGAUGUCAAGACGCGACACGCUUUUGUUCCGCGAUGCCUGUCAUCUGCCCCUCUUCUCAACACGGGGGCGCACACUUCUCUCAGCACACCCUCGGGAAGACAAAGGCUGCAAGCUGCUGCCGUGGCACUCAUGGCUGCAUCCUUUGUUUGCCGAUUUUCAAGUGUUUCCCCUCUAUCCUGUCCUUUUUUUUUUUAAGCCCUCGUGCCGUUGUCAUGUUCUUGAUUACGAGCUGUCUUCCUCAUCCUUCUCUGUUCUGACGUGUCUUUUUGCUUUAACUGUCGCUUCACCGCCUCUUCUUUCUUAUGAAAGCGCAUGCUUACAAGAACCAUGGAAGAUUAUACUGAGAGGACUAGGAAACUUUUUUUUUAAUCUUUCAGAUGGUCAUUUUGCUCAUACCGCUAGGGUUGUUCAUUUUUAGUUUAUUUAUGUUUGCUUCGGGGUGUGUCUGCGUCUCUACAAAGCUUUCCUGAAGUGGACCUGAUCCAGAUGUGGCUGAGCUAGGCUUUGCAGCACUAGGUCUCUGUUCCAACCGAUCUGAUGACUGCUUGAUGUGAAAGUUCCCAAGAGUGCUGCACAGCGUGGUUCAUUAGUGUGGUGGCGUGAAGCACAUCAGGGAUUUGAAGAGGUGUUUGAUUUGAGUGCAACUCCUCUAAUCUAUGCCCCCCCCCCCCCUCCACACACACAUACACACACUUCUCCACCCCCCUCCCCCCUUUUUGUUUGGGGGGGGGGAAGGAGGGGGGGGCUCUGACUUUUGUAAUCAAGUGUAGAAUUGGGAGUUACGUCAUUUUUAAGAGUUGCACAAUCCUAUAGCUAAACCAGUUUUACCUGCAAUGCAGAGGCUUUCUUUUUUUUUCGUAUGUUUGUGACAGUCACAUUUGUGGUGCGCCUACAUUGUGGUACUAGGUGUUGUCGGGUGCAGUUCUCAGGGGUGGCCAGGUGCGCUCGUGGUUUUCGUGUCGGGGGGUGUUAAAGUUACCCAGUCUGGCGUGCCAUCAUCGGCUGGGAUGUGUUUUACGGGCAAGACCCGUGUUGAGAUCUGCAGGAUCCAUAAUUCGGCAACUUUUAUCUGAGGUUUGUGCAAGGCUGUUUAACUUUUGGCGAGUCCUGCUUAGGAGCGCUCGCGUAAACGUCGGAAGGGUCAUGUGCCGUCGUACGCUAGAGCCUUGUUGAAGCUUUGUUGGGAGCAACAUAUCACAGGAUUUGGAAAGUGCGUCUUGUCCCAAAGAUGAUACGGAGGUGUCCGGUCGAGUUCAUCUGAUUGUGCUUUUGUUCUCGCCGUGUGCCGUUUUUGCAAGUCCAGCAGCGGUCACUUUGCAGGAAACAGGUGGAACACUUUUCUUUCGUGACAAGUUGAGGAGGUUUCUGGUAAAUGGAUGGACAGGCUUUCGGUGGGCGCAAUCAAAAAUGAAUUGAGGGCCACGUGGGAGACCAGGACCAAGAAAGCUCAAGUGCUAAACGUCGGAGGUGCUGGUCAUUGUGGAAAGGUGAUUUAGUGUAGUUUCAAGUGUUCAGAAGAGAGUGGCUGGACGGUUAGUUCCCGUAGCUUAUGUUUGUCUAGUCAGAUAGUCCCUCUCUCUUUUUUCUUUUCCUUGUUCCACUGAAGGCACGUGUUGUCAAUCGUUAAGCCUGAACACUCCUCGCUUUGAUGCUGCCGAUAACGCAGACAUCAGCAACAAAAUCUGUGAGCAUUUUCUUAUAUGUUUCUGUCUGCAUUUCACUCCGGACAUGUGCAUCCGCUUGUGGCUUAUAAAUGCUCUGUAUUUAUUUUACGAUGCCGAUCUGUAUGUGUGUGUGUGUGCCUUUUUUUUAUCAAGCCUACGCUGUUGGUCCCGCAAGGACGGACCGGAGUUGUUGGAAGCACAUGUAUCACGUGAGAGUUUAACCUGGAAGCACUCACAUUUUGUCCUUGUGUGGGUUUCUCAAGUUUGGCGUGCUGCGCUAGUGUUUGCCAUUGCUUGUUUGAUGAGAGCGGUGGCAAAUAAUUGCACUCGCCUUUAUUAUCGAAGCUUACUCUUUUAAACAUUCCAUCUGACUGAAGCACAGGCAGAUCCUUUCCUUCAGUUUUCGUACUUGGUUGCCUUGAGAAACGCUGGGAGGGGCUGAGCAUGAGCAAUGCAACACGUGCAAUAACGCAGACUCGCUUCGGGGUUGUUUAUAUGUUGGUGCCGGGUGUGCUGCAGUUUCGUGGCCCACUGAGCAACUUUCUCUCCCAACUGAAAGAGGACGAUGUGCUGGAGUUUGGGGGAGAAAAAAAAAUGUUGCCUUGGAGUUUAGGAGCUCAACAUCUCUAGUGUAGUUACAAAAGCAUGGUGUCUGUAAGGGGGAUGGAAAAUUAAAAGGGAAAAGAAUUUUAAAAAAGAAGUCUCGCAACUCUGGCGAUGCGCAUGCUUCUUUGCCUAGCAGAUGAUUUUUUGCCCGUACAGAGUGACAGGAAAGCCUCUGCGGCCAAAGCGACGCAGCAUCAUGAGGGCUCUUGCAAGACUGCUUGCCAGUGCAGAUUAGCUAUUGUGUCGGCAGAUUUAGCUCUGCAGCUAGCUGUUAGUGUGUGAGGUUUUCAGCAUAGCUGCCAUGUUAAUCCAUCCCGGCAUGAUUUAGCUGCGAUUCUAAGAAGCGUCUGAAGCCUUCCAUGGCAGGCAUAUAAAGCUAUGUAUGGCCAGUAUAGUCUGGAACGCAGCUCUAGGUUCUUGGUUAUGAAAACAUCGCUGGAGACACUUUUCGGAGUCUUCACAAAAAUGAAUUGUAAGGGACACUGCUACUAAAACUAGAGGCGAUUUAUAACAUAUGCUGAAUCGCAAGAUGAAAAAAAUAAAACGCCCUGCAACUUCUGUCGACCGUAUCCACAUGGAAAGAGGCCAAGUAUGCGAAAAAAUAUGCGAGCCUUUUGUAAUAUCUCGGUGACUCUGCUAUGGUUGCUCUUAAGAGUCAAAUUCAUCUAAGAGUCAAACGGGCAUCUGGGUUUUCCCUUUCUCUUGUUAUAUGCCAUUGGGUCUCAGUGGAACAGAUGUCGAGAAAGUUAAAAAAAAAAAAAGCAUAUUUUACCAGUUUUGUCUGACGUUCCGCCUACAUUCGUUUGAAAGCACAAUUUUUUUAAUCAGGGGGCAGAUAGUCGAUGGACGUUCGAUGGACAUACAUUACUGAACAGUGUUCUUGCAGGAAAGCCUUCUUGGUGUCUGCGUGCUGUGAACUCUUCCCGCGUUAAUUUCGUUCUUAGCGCACUCGCUUAGCGUGAAGAUGCACGUUACUCCCUCCUCCUGCCCCUCCCGCACACGCGUGUUGCAUUUACACAUCGCCGAGCACAUGUUUACACGGGGUGUCUUUAACCAAUGUACUAUAGCCGCUGCACAACAACUUUGGUUGUGAUCAAUAGUGUGCCUCCUUACUGUGAUUUGGUUUUCGUCUCAUGUAAAAGUGUCAUGUAUUUUUUUUUUUUUCCUUCAAGUUCAUGUAUCGUUGAAUGACGUUUGGCGGGUGUGCUCUUUGAGUGUUAUGUUCUCGGUACUUGGGUACAAGAAGCAGUCAUUGUUAAGGCUACCAGUGUUAUUUUCGAGCCUCUCGUCAACACGCGUACACACUUUAAUAUAUACAUAUUAUAUAUACAACAGACAUUAAAUACUAUAUAUAUAGGUAGCAGCUGACAUUCUGUAUAUAAGAUUUAUCUUUUAAUAAAAUGAUGCAGCCGUUCAGAAAUACUGGUUGGCCGGUUGUCUUUGA